AUGGCAGUCAUUGAAGACCCCGAGAUGUCGAACCCGACUCCCACAGAAGAGCAGCCUCUUCUGCCAUCCGAUCCAAGUGAUAACUGGCGACCCGGGCAUGGGUUUCUUUGGAUUCAAUUCGCAAUAAUGUCAAACGUCUUCCUCUCCGGCUUCGACGGCACAAUCACCGCGUCCACCUACGCAAUCAUAAGUUCCGAGUUCAAUGCCGCGAACACAGCUUCGUGGUUGACAACCUCCUACCUAAUCACCAGCACCGCCUUCCAGCCUUUAUACGGUCGCUUCUCGGAUAUUCUCGGUCGCAGGGCUUGUUUCUUUACUGCGACGAUUACCUUUUUGGCUGGGUGUUUGGGCUGCGCUGUUGCGAGGGAUAUUCUAUUCUUGAAUCUCAUGCGCGCGUUGACGGGUGUGGGUGGGGGUGGUUUGAUGACCAUGGCGACUAUUGUCAAUUCGGAUCUUAUUCCCUUUCGUCGGCGGGGGAUGUAUCAAGCUGUGCAGAAUGGGUCUUAUGGAUUCGGUGCUAUCUGUGGUGCAUCGUUUGGCGGGGCGAUUGUUGAUUCGAUCGGGUGGCGAUGGUGUUUUCUUGUGCAGGUGCCUGUUUCACUGAUGGUGCUUGUUCUGGGCUACUUUGUCCUUGAAUUCCCUGCUAAGCAGCACCAUCACCAUGACUCGGCUGCUCAGCAGAGUCAAGGCAUCUGGCACAAGAUUGAUCUGUCGGGUGCUUGUUUGCUUGUCCUCGCUCUCUCGAGUCAACUUGUUGGUCUGAGCUUGGGUGGCAAUGAGCUUCCUUGGACUAAUGUCUGGGUUAUCUUGUCCCUAGUUGCCAGUGUGGUCUUCCUUGCUCUCUUCGUUUACGUCGAGGCGAAUACCAAGGCCGUUCCUCUUAUUCCGUUGAAGAUGCUUCGUGGCGUCCUUCCAGUCUCGACUCAGAUUGCGAAUGUUUGCGUCGGGAUGGCUGCUUACGCUUUCCUCUUUACCAUCCCGCUACUCUUCCAAGUCAUUCUACUGGACAGUCCCACGAAAGCCGGUGCACGACUGGUCAUUCCAUCCCUCGCCACCCCCCUCGGCGGCCUGAUUUCCGGGAUAGUGAUGUCCCGCUGGGGAAAAUUGGCCUGGCUCGUACGUACCGGCGCAGGUCUGAUGUUCAUCGGUAACCUCCUCGUCACACUACUCCGUUUCGACGAUUCGCAGUGGAAGUACUUUGCGUAUAUCAUCCCAGCAAACCUCGGACAGGGAUCGUUUACCCGGGAAUCUUGUUCACCUUUCUGGCGGCAUUUGAUCAUUCCGGUACGUCGACCACCCUCACCACUACCCCGAAUUAGAGUCGCGAACCACGCCGUCUCCGCCUCGACUGUCUACCUCAUCCGCUCCCUCGGAACAGUCUGGGGCGUCGCAAUCACCUCAGCCAUAAUUCAGAAUACACUGAGCUCAGGCCUCGCCGAGGCCUUGAGUGAAAUACCAGAUAAAUGGAAAGUACAAUUCCGUCCACGAACCGCCGUGCCAAUCGUGAUUGACGAAAUCCGUCACUCUGUUUCGGCGAUCCAUGAUCUGCCCCCAGACGCCCAGAUGGCCGUGCGCCUUGUCUAUUAUCGCGGUAUUCGCCUUUCAUUUGGCGCAUCGGCUUCGUUUGGGUUCAUCGCUACCUUUGCUGCCCUGUUCACUCGUGGCAAGGGUCUGGAGCGAGCUGGUGGGGAAUAA